UUCAAAACCAAAACACAUAUUUUGUAGUCAUGCGUGCUGUGCUUGUUAAACAACCUGGUGACGCGUCUCAGCUCACGAUUGGCGACUAUGAAACACCCACACCUUCAAAGACUCAAGUGUUGGUCAAAGUUCACUGUUUUGCCUUGAAUCGUAUGGAUCUUUUGCAAAGAGAGAAUAAAUAUCCUGUUCCACCUGGAGCAAGCCCAAUUCUCGGUGUAGAAGUUUCUGGUAUCGUUGAAAGUGUUGGUAGUGAUGUUUACGACUUUAAACCUGGAGAUGCUGUUUUCGGUCUGAUACCUGGUGGAGGUUAUGCAGAGUAUGCCGUCAUUGAAGCCGCUUUAACGAUGCAUAAACCAGAUGCAUUAUCAUUUGAAGAAGCUGCUGCUAUUCCCGAAACAUGGUUCACUGCUUAUCAAGCGUUGUUCUUUGUAGCUGAAUUUAAGAAAGGACAGGAUGUUCUUAUUCAUGCUGGCGCCUCAGGCGUUGGUAUUGCCGCUAUUCAAUUAGCCAAGUAUUUUGGAGCUAAUCAUAUUUUUGUAACUGUUGGUUCUGACGAAAAAGUCAAGUUCUGUGAAGAGCUUGGUGCUACUAAAGCCGUCAAUUAUAAAACACAAAAUUGGUCCGAAGUGAUUUUGAAGGAAACAGACAAUAAAGGUGUAGAUAUUGUCAUUGAUUUCAUUGGUAAAAACUAUUGGAACCAGAAUAUGCAAGUUCUUGGAUUAGAUGGUCAUAUGGUUAUUCUAGCUUACAUGAGUGGUACAAUGGUCGAAAACUUUGAUAUCUCUGUCAUGCUUCGCAAAAGGCUUAGAAUUGAAGGUUCUGCUUUACGUUCUCGUACAGUUGAAUACCAACGUAAGCUGCGUGAUGCCGUUUACGAUCAAGUAGUAAAAGAGCAUUUCGCAGAGGAAAACGGAGGUUUGAAAAUCUACGUUGAUAAGGUCUUUGACUGGAAAGACAUCGGCAAUGCUCAUAGAUACCUUGAGAGUAAUCAAUCCAUGGGCAAAAUCAUUGUUAAGGUUACUUAAAAAUAGAAUCAAUAAGCCUCCUUUUUCUUCUAUUUGAACAAUCCAUGUCAAGACCUGAUUUAAAAACAAUAAAUUCCCCCAACUUGUCCUCUAAACA